AUGUCUGUGAUCCUACUCAGUGGCCGUGACUCAAACCACAUUGUCUAUACAACGGUGCCCAAAGAUAACAACUGGCUCUUUGUGGGCCCAGAGUUCCACUCCCUUCAUCACGUUUACCCAGAUCGAUAUAUGGGCUCAUUUGUCAAACUUUUUGAUUGGAUAGGGGGCACGUCGUAUUCGUUACGAUCCAAACGCUUCGUUAUCACAGGAGGGAGCGGAUCCUUUGGUCGGGCGAUCAUAAAGGAGUUAAAGCGUGAAGGCGUCCGAUCCAUUCGCAAGCUGAAGUUCGGCACCGACUGGGGCCAUGAUUCUUUUGAAAAUGCCCUUCCAGUGCUUUCUGAGUCUGACGUACUCAUCCUUGCUCACGGUACCAAAGGCCCCGAUGCGAUGGAGUCGAAUUGCCAUGCUGCUGUUCAAAUGAUACUUUCUUUUAAGCAACACAAAAAAAAGAACGACAGCUGCCAGACAUUGCCGGAAGUUUGCGGUACUCUCGCUCGAAACGUUGCUUCCUACCGCAUGCUCGCUCAUUCUAUGAUGACCCCGAUAUCAUCUACCGCCAUAUUGUCCCAUCUAGCUUUAGGUCACGAAUAG